AGUGGGCGGGACUACAUCACUUCCUCGCGCAGUGGGAUAGUUUUCUGGUCGCUGCUAGCAACCUGCCGCCUGUAACUUCUCCUCUCCUCCGGACGCUGUCAGUUUUUAAGCUGAGCUUCCUUCAACAUGUGUGCGAGGAUGAAGCCGUGCGGACGGUGAGCGCAGCGCGGCCCUCGGCUUGGUGUUUCCCCGGCUGCAUGGUGCUCUCCGACGUCCGUGGUUGCGGUUUGGCCUCCAGCCGCGGCUGCGAAUGAACUUCAUUUCUCAGCGUCGCCCAGCUCUGUUUAUUUUAUAAAAAUGGCGGUGUGGGGGACACUGUGAACUAAAUGACUGUCAGAAACAUCGCCUCCAUUUGUAAUAUGGGCACCAAUGCCUCCGCUCUGGAGAAAGACAUCGGCCCAGAGCAAUUCCCGAUCAAUGAGCACUACUUCGGGUUGGUCAACUUUGGAAACACUUGCUACUGCAACUCGGUGCUGCAGGCCCUCUACUUCUGCCGGCCUUUCCGCGAGAACGUGCUGGCCUACAAAGCCCAGCAGAAGAAGAAGGAGAACCUGCUCACAUGCCUGGCUGACCUUUUCCACUCCAUCGCCACGCAGAAGAAGAAAGUGGGCGUCAUCCCGCCCAAGAAGUUCAUCUCCCGGCUACGGAAGGAGAACGAUCUGUUCGACAACUACAUGCAACAAGAUGCCCACGAAUUCCUCAACUAUCUGCUGAACACGGUGGCGGACAUCCUGCAGGAGGAGAAGAAGCAGGAGAAGCAGAACGGGCGCCUGAAGAACAACGGCACAGCUGUCACCGCCGAGGCCGAGAUGGAGAACAAAACGGAGCCCACAUGGGUUCACGACAUCUUCCAAGGCACACUGACCAAUGAGACGCGGUGCUUAAACUGUGAAACAGUCAGCAGCAAAGACGAGGACUUCCUGGAUCUUUCUGUGGACGUGGAGCAGAACACAUCAAUAACACACUGUCUCAGGGACUUCAGUAACACAGAGACUUUGUGCAGUGAAUACAAAUACUACUGUGAAACAUGCUGCAGCAAGCAAGAAGCACAGAAACGGAUGCGAGUGAAGAAGCUUCCUAUGAUCCUGGCGCUACACCUGAAGAGGUUCAAGUACAUGGAGCAGCUGCACCGCUACACCAAGCUCUCCUAUCGGGUGGUUUUCCCUCUAGAGCUCCGCCUCUUCAACACGUCUGGGGACGCGGUAAACCUGGAUCGCAUGUACGACCUGGUGGCGGUGGUGGUUCACUGUGGGAGCGGCCCCAACAGAGGUCAUUACAUCACCAUAGUGAAGAGCCACGGCUUCUGGCUUCUGUUCGACGACGACAUAGUGGAGAAAAUCGACGCCCAGGCCAUUGAGGAGUUCUACGGACUCACCUCAGACAUUUCCAAGAACUCCGAGUCGGGAUACAUCCUCUUCUACCAGUCGAGGGAGUGAUGCCGGCGCCGGAUCAGCAACUGAGUUACUUUUUACUUACCUUUUUUAGGAUAAGAGACCCAGACGUUCCACAUCCACUCCCUGCUCCUCCCCACCUCUCUGACAUGUGUGCCAAUUCUCUUCUGGGUGUUUUUUUUUGUUUCAUCUCUCCUUCUUUUUUAGUCUUUUAGUCACCUGCAUCUGGACUGCACUUUACUAAGGAAAAGCAAAAACGCUCAGCAGCGUGGCGUUGCUGCUGGGAGACGCCUGUAGACGUAGAAACCCGGUAGCCUGGGGUUCUCCUGCAGACGGUGGUCAGAAACUGAACCAUAUCAGAUUUAAUUGUGUAAGGUCCAUCAUGUGCCACCCAGUCAUGUUUCCUCUCAUUAGGACUGUUCCCUAUUUUUCUUCUACUUUUAAGCGACUGGAUGAAGCUGGAGACAAACGCUGUACAAUCCGCAGAAAAUCUCAAUCUGAAGCAAUAUCUGAGCGUUAAUCCGGAACCCGUAGUAGCUGAACGAUCAGAACCUUCGACACUAACUGAGCCACAUACUCUAAACACUACACCUGCUUUUCAGAGACGCACCAAUCAGGCGCUUCCGGGACGAUACCGAUCAGCUCUGACUAUCUCCAUUUUAACCAUUUUAUUAAGCUGAGAAAAAGACGUGAGAGCGGUUGGUUGGUGUGAAAAUGCAUUUAUUCAAAUAUUAGAGCUGAUUGUUAACAGAGCAUUGACUGAUUCUAAUCUCUGGCCAACUGAUUGGUGCAACUCUGAUUAUUUUCCCGUCAAAUGGAUGCCUGGAAUUGGCUGAAUUAUUAUUUUUUGGUUUGAAAAGAAAUCAACUAUUUAUUGAAGUUAUUAUAUUUAUUCUGCUUUUUUUGUCAUGCUGACUGAUAAAUGCCGGUGUGUUGCCUAAGCUCUCUAAUACCCAACGUAAAGCUUAUGGGUUAAAAAGACAAAGUCAGGAGACUCAUUCCACAACGGUGUAACCUUUUGAUGUGCAUCGAAAAGUCAAACUAGUGCAAUAUGUGACGUUUGUAACAAACGUGGAUAAGAUGGAGCAUUUGCAUCUUUUUUCUUUUUUUUUUUUUUAUCAGUAGCUGAUUUGUUUAUUCGUUAAUCAUUUUCUAGUGCGACGUGUCUGGCUGUAUCAGAUUACAGUGGAUCUCAAUAGUCUACACUUCCCUGUUAAAAUGGCAGGUUUUGAGUCUGGUUUCAAAUUAUUUAAAACUUUUCUUACAUUUAUCUAAUGUAAAGCGAUGACAUAUCCUGGACAAAUUAACAGAAAAACUAAUUUGUUCAGGAUGAACAUGGUGAACAUAAAAAAGCAGUAACAACCUGGUUGCACAAAUGUGAACACGCCUUAAAUCUGCAGUAUGUAGCUUUUAUAAAAAAAGAUUUAUUUACAUUUUUUACAUAUUUGUUAAUUACAGCUAACCCCCCACAGCAGAGCUUGCUAUGAGCUUGCUAGUUAGCAUGACCAUUGUGACUGCAGACACGUAACGGUAAAAAGUUUCUCUGACAUUAUCACAUUUAGCAGCGUGUCAACUAGUCUGAUUGGCAGCAUUAAGACACUCCUCCUGCCUCUGACUGGGAGUGUUGCAUUCUGCAUUGGGAGGAGGGGGAUUUUUUUCAUAGAUCAUUUACAUAUUUAAAAAAUAUGUAAAUGUACAUAUAUACAGUAUUUAUAAGAGUUACGUACUGCAGCUUUAACACCUAUACUUGAUGAUGCACCAUUUGAUCGAGUUUAGACGUUCAACCUUCUUUGCUAGGAGUUUGUAGGCAUGCCUACAUCCUGACUCGGUAAUACUUUGAAGAAAAGUAACCCCAGAGUAUGAUGCUGCCACCACCAUGAUUCACUCUGGAUGUUGUAUCUUGUGGCUGAAGGUUCAGUGUUGUCUUCAUAUUUUGGAGAGACCAAAAAAAGUGCAGUCUUUGUCAUUCCCCACAUUAUCUCUAGUAAUUAUGACUGUUUUCAAUAUGCUGACUGGUGCCUUUGUGCAAUUACAUGAUUUUUCGUCCUUUGUUACUUCUGCAUUUAUGGAAGGGAAUUCUAAGAGCUGAAAUUGUUUUCAUCUCACUCCGAUCCAAUAAGUGGCAGACGAAUUGAAGUUAAACUCUUAAAUGGAAUCAAAAGGGGCUUUAAUUAAGCAGUAGAUUAAGACCGGGCGCAUUUUUGCAAACAGGUUUAUUAAAGCUUUUGCUUCAUUUUCACCUCUAAUCGAUUAGUUUUUCAGUUGAAUCACAGAAUAUUUGUCACAUUGAAGGUGAGAAAAAUAUCAACGUUUAAUAAUAAGGCUUCCAGUUUUUACCACUAAAAGCUGUCAUUUUAACAAGGGGAGGUUUGAGAGGUGUGGUAAAUGUUUCUCUGGAACUCGGCCCACCUAUUGGGAAGUUAACUACAUAUCUCUUUGGAACUGCACACAGAUGUUUUUUAACGUUUUGUUUGUUUCUUUUCCAUGUUCCUACAUUGAACACCAGCUCACUUGUUUGGUCUUGGUUUUUGUCAGAUGUUUCUAUGUAGCACACUGGAGUCCUGAAGGUCAAGGAUCCUUGUGAAUCCUUUGUACUGUAGAUUUUCCUCCGUUAGGAGGGUUUCUUUUUUUGUUGUUGUUUUCUGGCUUUUUGGCCGUUUCCUGUAGAGUAGUGAAAAGUCAAACUUUUUCUUCAAAUGUUUUUGACAUUCCUGUUUGCUGCACAUGAGUAAGGAAUCACCAUUUCACACAUCGUAAAUAAAAGGUAGGAUAAAUAAUUUACUAAAUUAGUUUGCGUGAGCGAAGCAGGAGAGGCAGAUCUGAAAGUGAAGAACCGGAUGCGCUCUCUCUCUCUCUCUCUCUCUCUCUCUUCCCCCCCAACCCCCCGUGACCGGAGGAAAACGUGCCAAACCGGAUUCAAAUACUGACUUUGCAGCCGUCUUUAGCGGAGCGUUACUUUUCUUCGUGAAGACACACUUGUGUACUUAUUAUAGCUACGUGGAAGAGUACCUCUAGGAAUAGGAAAUAUUUUUUUUUAAAUGAAGAUCUGAAAUAGGCAGAGAUCUUAAGCUUGAGGUCGGUCGGCAGCGAAGAAUAAAAACCUGCCUUUUUCCAAUCACAACCGCAUCAUCAAAGCAACGCACUGACACUCACGUUUUGUCACGUUGUUCUAGUAAUAAUGGGUUCAGACUGUAGAAAACUGUGGCAGGAGCCGAUGUGAACGGACUCGUAAACAUGCCGAGCUUCCAUUAACUUAUGCACUCUUCCUCACCGGGACGCUCGGUCGUGUCCUGGCAGCGCGUCUUGGCGCUCUGCGCCGUGUCAGACAUGACCGGGCCUCGGCGAGGGGGAACGACGAGACGAACGCGUCUCUACAUGGCAGAUAACUGCAAGUGCACUUUAUCAGUGAUGAUUCGAGGCUUUAACGAGAUGAGCCGCAGUGUAACACCCUCACAAUGACCUUUUUUCUUGUGUUCAAUAAAAAUGACUAUGAACUGAU